GCAAAAGAGCGCGCCAAUAUCUGACCCCAAUUCCUUUUGAGCUGCGAACUUCCCUAAACAUGAGACCCGUUGCUUACUCCCCCUCUCAUUUCGCUUCCACGCUCUGUCUCUCUCUUCUCCCUCUGAUCUGCAUUCGCUUCACGAUCCGAUUGCCUCAAAAAUCACGAUUGACACGACUAAUUCAUGUUCUGUGACGAUUGAUCUGUGAGUCCUGGAUUCUGAUUUCUUUUGGAUUACCUCGACGAGAGAGUUUGAUGAGAGGCCGAAAAAGCAGAAGAAAACACAUGCAUCUAUGAAGACUGGGCCACGGAAGUCGCCGCCGCACCACCUAAUGCUGUUGUUGUCGGUUGAGCUUCUUCUUCGGCGAUGGAAUGGCGGAUCCUGUUAGUUAUGGGCAUCCUGAGCGUGAUAUCGAGCAAGCUCUCGUUACUCUGAAAAAAGGCACACAAUUGAUCAAGUACAGCAGGAAAGGGAAACCUAAAUUCCGUGCCUUCAGAGUUUCACCGGAUGAAACAACAUUGAUCUGGAUCUCACAUGGAGACGAAAGGAAUCUAAGAUUCUCGUCAGUCUUACGAAUUAUCCCUGGACAGAGAACUGCUGUGUUCAGAAGAUACUUGCGCCCGGAAAAGGAUUAUUUGUCAUUUUCACUUAUAUAUAAUAACGGUGAAAGAUCUCUUGAUCUGAUCUGCAAGGACAAGGUUGAGGCGGAGGUGUGGUUUGGAGGCCUUAAGACAUUGAUUGGGAAAAAUCGUAAUAGACGUGCUAAUAGUGAUAUCACUGACGUACAUGGUGGAGAUUUUGUUCAAAAUGGUCGUCCUUUUGGUACAUCUCUAGAUUACUCUUCUAGUAUUACUCGUGGGAGGGUAUCUCUUGAUUUAGGUACUCGUGAUUCUCCUUUGACAUCGACAAGUUCAGAUGCAAGGUCAGAUAAUGCAAAUAUGCAACUAAGAACGAGUACUGGAGAUGGUUUUCGGAUUAGUGUGUCAAGUUCUCCUAGUUGUUCAAGUGGAGGAUCUGGUCCAGAUGACAUAGAAUCACUCGGUGAUGUUUAUGUAUGGGGAGAAGUUUGGGGUGAUGCGAUUUCCGACGGGUCUGUGAGCUCAAUCCCAACAAAAGUUGAUUUCUUGACUCCUAAACCCUUAGAAUCAAAUGUAGUUCUUGAUGUUCAUCAGAUUGCUUGCGGGGUGCGACAUGUUGCCCUUGUAACAAGGCAAGGUGAGGUUUUCUCCUGGGGAGAGGAAUCUGGGGGUAGACUUGGUCAUGGAAUUGAAAAAGACUUUAGUCAUCCUCGUCUUGUAGAGUUCUUGGCAGUUACAAAUGUGGAUUUUGUUGCAUGUGGUGAGUACCAUACAUGUGCUGUAUCUACUUCCGGAGAUCUAUUUACUUGGGGUGAUGGCACCCAUAAUGCUGGACUUCUUGGACAUGGUACUGAUGUCAGCCACUGGAUACCGAAAAGAGUUUCUGGUCCUUUAGAAGGACUUCAAGUUUUAUCUAUAGCAUGUGGUUCAUGGCACUCGGCAUUGGCAACUUCAAAUGGGAAACUGUUCACAUUUGGCGAUGGAGCAUUUGGUGUUCUGGGCCAUGGAGAUCGAGAAAGUGUUUCGUGUCCAAAAGAAGUUCAGUUGUUGAGUGGACUAAAGACUAUUAAGGUUGCAUGUGGAGUAUGGCACACAGCCGCUAUUGUGGAGGUUAUGGGCCAAUCUGGUGCAAAUAUUUCAUCUAGAAAGUUGUUCACCUGGGGUGAUGGUGACAAAUACCGUCUAGGUCAUGGAAAUAAGAACACUUAUCUGCUUCCCACCUGUGUCUCUUCUCUUAUCGAUUACAACUUCCACCAGCUAGCAUGUGGGCAUACCAUGACUGUAGCCCUCACCACCUCUGGCCAUGUGUUUACCAUGGGGAGUCCUGAAAACGGUCAGCUAGGAAAUCCAAUUUCUGAUGGAAAGAUACCUUGCCUAGUCCAAGAUAAAUUGGUAGGUGAAUUCGUUGAAGAAAUUGCUUGUGGUGCAUAUCAUGUUGCUGUCCUGACAUCAAGAAGUGAAGUACUCACUUGGGGAAGAGGUGCCAAUGGAAGAUUAGGUCAUGGGGACACGGAAGAUAGAAAAUGCCCAACAGUGGUCGAAACUCUGAAGGAUAGGCACGUUAAAAAUAUAGCAUGUGGCUCAAACUUUACUUCCAGUAUAUGCAUCCAUAAGUGGGUCUCAGGAGCAGACCAAUCAGUUUGCUCUGGCUGUCGGCAAGCAUUUGGUUUUACAAGGAAGAGGCAUAACUGCUAUAAUUGUGGUCUGGUUCAUUGCCAUGCUUGCAGCUCCAAAAAAGCAUUGAAAGCAGCAUUAGCUCCAACUCCUGGCAAACCACAUCGUGUAUGCGAUGCUUGCUAUGCAAAACUUAAAGCUGCUGAAGCCGGGAAUGCUUCAAAUAUUAACAGAAAAGUUACUGUUCCUCGUCGGUCAAUAGAUUCUAGGGAAAGAAUAGACAGAGGAGAGGUAAGAUCUUCGAGGAUUUUGCUCUCUCCCACUACAGAGCCAAUCAAAUACCUUGAAGUCAAGUCUGGAAAACAAGGAGCCCAAUCUGAUUCUCCUUCUAUAAUAAGGGCUUCUCAAGUUCCUUCACUUCUACAGCUGAAAGAUAUUGCAUUUCCAAGUUCACUUAGUGCUCUUCAAAAUGCAUGGAAGCCAGCUAUGAAUCCAGCACCUCAGCUUGCUAUGAAUUCAGCACCUCAGACUGUUCUCCUCCCAAUACCUCAGCCCACUAGCAACUCAAGACCUUCUUCCCCAUAUUCAAGGAGACCAAGCCCCCCACGCUCAGCCACUCCUGGAUUUUCCCGAGGUGUUAUUGAUACACUCAAAAAGUCAAAUGACGUUUUGCACCAAGAAGUAGCUAAAUUGCACAAUCAAAUUAGAAAUUUGAAACAGAAGGGUGAUGUUCAAGACAUGGAGAUUCAGAAACUACAGAAGAAUGCCCAAGGUGCUGCUUCAUUGGCUGAAGCUGAAUCUUCCAGGUGUAGAGCAGCAAAGGACAUUGUAAAGUCCAUCGCAGAACAGUUGAAGGAAAUGACAGAAAAGCUGCCUUCCGAGUUCCAAGAGAGUGAAACCUUUAGAACCAUGAGUGCUCAGGCUGAAGCUUUUCUAGACACAUAUGAGACAUCUGAAGAUUUAUCUUCCUUGCAAGCAGGCUCCAAGCCUGAUCAACAAAAUGCAAUUGAUGAAAAUCCAAUAGUACAUGAGUCUUCUAAUAAGAUGGAAGACCACGUCGACUCUACAGGAGCUACUGAUAUGUCUUAUAGUGGCGGAAAUGUUCCUACUGAUAGUAUACCAUCUGUUUCUACUACAAAUGGAGCUGCAUCUCAUCAAAGCUCAGAGGAAGACUCCAAAUCAACCGACACUUCAACAAGAAGGAGCGAAGGAGAAAAAGAAAUUAUUGAACAAUUUGAACCAGGAGUUUAUGUAACUUUUGUUCAACGUCGAAAUGGUGGCAGAAGCUUCAAGAGAGUUAGAUUCAGUAAACGGAGAUUUGCUGAGCAACAAGCAGAGGCAUGGUGGAACAGAAACAAAGAAAGGGUGCUUAAGAGGUACAACACACAAAUACCAAACAAUGAUCCUAUUAGAUCAUCAUCUAUUCCUGCAACUUCCGAGGAACACGAGGAAGGACAUCCUUCUCAGGAAAUUCAGUCUUCUAAAGAAGAAUCUUCUUCUGAAGCUUAGUAUAUAUCCUCUUGCAAUGUAAUGCAAAAGUGCGUAGCAGGAUCAAGGAGAGCCAUUCUCCUACUGCAAAUCUGCAGACUAGUUAGCAGUGAAUGUCUUCAGAACGGAUCAUAAAAAAGGAUCCUUUCUUAGAAAAUUGGUAGGGCAAGAAUUUAAUUCAUUAUGACUUGAUGUUGGGAGAGCAAAAUGUCCACAUAAAUCCCAAUUGGAUCGAGGACGCCUACGAAGGUCUUAGACUUAGCUGCAGUAGAAACAAUGACCUGUAGCUCUGUUUACUCAUGUAAUUCUUUCAUUCUUUGUGUGUUGUACUGUUUUUCAACUUCUAAACAUUCGUAGGUGUACAGUUGAUGAACAUGGUUAGGAUAUGCCAAUAUUGAGUAUUUGCCUCGUAUUGAUGAUCAAUAUCCAAUAUUUUGUAAUGUGAAUUAUUGGUUCUUGCUCACCGAGAGCAAUUGCAAUGGUAGAUAAUUGUU